UUGGGUGUUGUGGCGGCAGAGGAAUGGGUCACGUGGGAGUCGUUUCGUCCUCCCCUUCCUCUCUUCCGUUCUCUCGCCGCUUCUCUCUCGCCACAGCCAGGCCCAGGCGUGCUAUUUCCUUCUCAAUCUUGGCAGGUAUGAAUGAUGACCCAAUUCGUGAAUGGAUUCUCACAGAAGGAAAGGCCACUCAAAUUACAAGAAUUAGUCCCAUUGGAGGUGGCUGUAUCAAUCAUGCAAGCCGAUAUGAUACAGAUUCUGGUUCUUUCUUUGUUAAGACAAACAGUGCAAUUGGACCAUCAAUGUUUGAAGGAGAGGCUCUUGGUUUGAGUGCAAUGCAUGCCACCAAAUCAAUCCGUGUUCCAAAGCCAUAUAAGGUUGGACAUUUACCAACUGGUGGUUCCUAUAUCAUUAUGGAAUUUAUCGAGUUUGGAUCUUCCAGGACAGAUCAGUCAGUCCUAGGAAGAAAGCUUUCUGAGAUGCAUAAAGCUGGGAAAUCAGAUAAAGGCUUUGGGUUUGAUGUUGAUAAUACAAUUGGCAGUACUCCACAGAUAAACACUUGGUCUAAAGAUUGGAUUGAGUUUUUUGCCGAGCAUAGAUUGGGCUACCAAUUAAAGUUGGCACUGGGUCAGUAUGGGGAUUCCAGUAUAUAUGAAAAAGGUCAGCGGUUGGUAAAGAACAUGCAACCACUUUUUGAUGGUGUUGCUAUUGAACCUUGCUUACUUCAUGGAGACUUAUGGAGUGGGAACAUCAGCUGUGAUAAGAAUGGUGAUCCGGUUAUUUUAGAUCCAGCAUGUUACUAUGGGCACAGUGAGGCAGAAUUUGGAAUGUCAUGGUGUGCUGGAUUUGGUGGAUCAUUUUAUAAUUCCUAUUUUGAGGUAAUGCCCAAACAACCUGGCUUCGAGAAGCGGAGGGACUUGUACAUGCUGUAUCAUUACCUGAAUCACUAUAAUUUAUUUGGGUCGGGAUACCGGUCUUCGGCUAUGUCCAUCAUUGACGACUACUUACGGAUGCUAAAAGCUUAGACAUUCUGUAUGAUAGAAAAAGUUCCCAUCCAUCUUCAUGUAUCAACUUGUUCCAAUGAUAUGCACAGAUUGCUGCAUGUAAAUUCUUUUGUGAAUUGCUGUCUCCCUGGGGGCAAACUUCCACCUGUUUGACUGUAUGUCCCUGAAUUGCACUACAUCAUCUCGGAUAAUGUAGAAAUUGAGAGAAUGCAAAGGCUUUCGUUGUGUCAGGA